AUACUAUUCUUGGAUUAGUUGGGUUAAAUUCAUUAAAAUGGAAGGUCGCCUGUUGUUGGUGGUGGUGUUCCUGCAGGGAGUUGUGUGUCAACGUGUGUGUGAAUGGAAAACUUGUCGCGAGUGUAUAAGGGAUCCUAAUUUGUGUAUGUGGUGCGCCACCGAGAAUUUCAACGGAACGAGCAGAUGCAAGCCAGUGACUCAUAAGGAUGAUAAUUGGUGUUCACCAGAAGACGUACAAAAUCCACUAAGCAACAUAACAGUUGGCGAUUCAAAAGAUUUCAGCUCCGAAGUUGGACACAUGGUUCAGAUCAAACCUCAGAGUUACAAUUUAAAGCUUAGAGUGGGACAGGAACAGACCUUCUCUUUCUCUUACAAAGCAUCUGUAAAUUUCCCAGUGGACCUUUACUUUCUCUUCGAUGCUUCUAAUUCUAUGAAAAGAAUGAAGGAUGACUUAGUCGAUCAAACGUAUAAUAUAUUCGAAACUAUAAGCAAUAAAACUAAAGAUGUUUAUAUGGGGUUAGGCACAUUUAUUGAUAAGAAUCUGAUACCUUUUAAUAACAAAAUCUCAGCCAACCAAACAUAUUCUUUCAAACACGAGCUAAAAUUAACGAAUGACAUAAGUUUUUUCAAUAACAAACUUGGCCAUUUGAAAUUCGGAUCCAACGCCGAUGACCCAGAGAGCGGACUAGAAGGCAUAGCACAGGCUGUCGCAUGCAAGAAUAUAACUGGAUGGAGAAAGCAAUCUAGAAAGAUCCUCGUAUUGAUGACAGACCAAGCGUAUCACGCAGCAGGUGAUGGUAGAGCAGCAGGAAUUAUUAGACCUUAUGAUGGAGGAUGUUAUUUGGAUAAAAAUGGAUACUACACUAAAGAAAAAGAGAUGGAUUAUCCUUCAGUAGGCAUCAUCAAUUAUAUGGUGACGAAGGAAGAGAUAAAGAUAUUGUUUGUGUCGAGUUUCUCGGAUCAGACGGUGUAUAAUACGUUGGCGACAGCCAUAACGGAGUCGGAGGCGAUGAGCUAUCAACCUAAGGCUAUUACUAGUAUGCUGGACGAGACUUAUGAGAAAAUAUCCCAACAAAUAAAGUUAAAACUGAAUUUGACAGACGAAGACAGAAAGCAUUUCGAAAUAACUUUCGAUCCAAACUGCGACUACGACAAUUGCAAAGUGACACUAGGCCAAGAGAUGAACUUUACUGGAAAAAUUCUACUCAAGCAACACUUUAACAAAGAUCAUCUGUAUAUCAAGAUCAACCCAAUUGGUUUGAAUGAUAAGAUAGUUCUGAAUGUGACUGUGCUAUCGGAUUGCGGAUGUUCUAAAUAUGCAGAGAUAAACUCGACAAGAUGUCAUAACAUAGGUAAUUGGAGCUGUGGUGUUUGUGAAUGCCCUGAUGCCAAAUUCGGACCAGAUUGCGGCUGCGCUGGUAAUUCUUCGACGUGCUCCCCUCCCGGUUCAGAUCAGAUCUGCAGCGGACACGGCACUUGUAAUCCUUGCGGCAUUUGCAAAUGUGCGGAGGGGUACGAAGGCAAAUACUGCGAAUACCAGAACAACAACUGCCUCCGCGACAACGCUGGCAAACUCUGCUCGGACCAUGGCACAUGUCUUGAUGGCAAAUGUACGUGCAGGGGUGACUGGACCGGACCUGCUUGCGAUUGUACAACUUCAAAGGCAACUUGCACUAGUGAUGGAAUGGAAUGCAACAAUCGCGGCCACUGCGUCUGUGGUAUUUGCGCCUGCAACCCCCCAGCCAAAUGGGACGCUCGCACCUACGACAGCUAUUACUUCUGCAACCAGACCCAAUGCUACGACUGCCAUAGUAAACAGUGCCGACAUCUCAUCCCUUGCAUCAAUUGCUUAAACGAAGGCGGACCAUGCCAACAUGUCUGUGGAGACACAUUAUUUGUGCAAGACACUAAAUUCGUUGAUGUGAAUGGUGUAAAUACUACGUGGCAGAAUUGUUCUCAUGUUCAAGUUAAUUUUGGAUGCUAUUCAGACUUUAGAUAUGUAUACAAUGAUAAUAAUACUAUGACGCUUGUGGUGUUGGACACGAGUUGCGCUCAGAGUCAAAUGUAUAUCGGCGUGAUAUCUGUAAUAAUAUUGCUGGCUAUUGGCAUUGCAACGCUGCUGGCUUGGAAACUGCUGACCAACGCCAGAGACCGAAGAGAGUACGAAGCAUUCCUUAAGUCAUCACAGGAAGGUGAUAGUUUACGCAUCAACCCAACGUACACAGCACCGACCACUACUUACAUGAAUCCAGCUUUCGAGAACAGCACAGAAUAGCGGAAAUAAUAAUUC